UCACCCCCUGCAAUUGUUUCUCAUCCGUCUCUCUGGACUCCGCUAACCAUCCUGGCUUGCCUUGAACACACCAGACAGGGAAACUGCAUGCUGUAUGGUAGUGCUUGCGACUGUACCGUAACUUAGCAAGUUAACGGCGUACUCCCUCAGAAGAUGGAUGUGAACUUCUCAAUAAACAGUUAUUUCGCCGGAAUAUUACUAAUUUUUCAGGCUGUGCUGCACUCAACAUCUGCCUCACUAGAGCCUUACGACUUGCUAUAUGACAACGGAGUUGAAGCGUUCUACAGUAGUGACUAUAAAAAUGUGGUGUACUAUAUGGAGAAAGCGCUAAGCAGUUACUCUGAAAUUCGCCAGACUAAAAUCCGAUGUCGGCUGAAGUGCAAGGACCAGCAUCCGUUCGAUUCGUUCCCAUCGGAUUUGCAGUUCUUCGAUAUUGUCCUUCGAAAGGCUUCUUGCUUAAAUGACUGCAUCGAAGCGAAAGUGGGGUCUCAAUCUAUGCACAAAGUUAGUGAGGAUGUCAUCCAGGAUUUCCACAGAAGGAUCCCCUACAAUUUUCUUCAACGUGCGUACUACAAGCUGAAGCAGCUGGACAAAGCAGCGGCAGCUGCACACACCUACUUCCAGGCCAACCCAGAGCAUGUAGAGAUGGGCCAGAAUCUGGAGCAAUACAAGGCUAUGGAAGGUGUGCAGGAGGAGCACUUUAUUGACAGAGAGGCCCGUCCACACCAGAAAGCCUUCAUGGCGGGCGUGAAGUUCUAUGACCGAGGGGAUUAUGGGAAGGCCAUCAAGCUCUUCGAGGAGGCUCUGGCGGAGUACUACAAGGCAGAUGUGGAAUGCAGGGCACUGUGCGAGGGGCCGCAGAGGUUCGACGAGCACGAUCACCUGCAGUACCGCCCCAGCCUCUACGAGCUCAUCUCUGACCAUUUCACCCAGGUACUGCACUGCGAGCACGAGUGUGUGAGGGACCUGGCCACACGUCCCGGUCGCCUCUCCCCCAUGGAGAACUACCUACCUCUGCACUACGACUACCUGCAGUUUGCCUACUUCAAAGUGGAUAAAAUCCAUGAGGCCUUGGAGUGUGCCCAGUCCUACCUGCUUUUCCACGAAGGAGAGGAGUUCAUGACGGAGAAUGUGGACUACUACAGAGAAGUGCUGGGGUAUGCAGUUGAACUUCGGCAGGAUGCUGACCGAUACAUGAAGCGUCACCGGCAGGAACUGGACCUCCUUGUCCUGGGCAGUGAAAAUUUAGGAGUUGAGUAUGCAGAGGGGAACUAUUGGAACAGCCCUGGUGGAAGAGAAGAUGUCAACAGAAUCCCUUCAGGCACAGAUGGCUGGAUGGAGUAUGUCCCCAUUUCAGAGAAGAAGAAUGUUUCUGUGGACGUGGUGCAGGAGCUGAGGGAGGGAGGGCCCUUGCUGUAUGACAGUGUUCGACUGGUUCAGAACUCAGAGGCCCUGAAUGGGACCCAAAGGGUGCUGCUCGAUGAUGUCAUCUCUGAGGACGAGUGCUCCGACCUGAAAAAUUUGGCCCAUGCUGUCACAAUGGCAGGAGAUGGCUAUCGGGGAAAGAUGUCCCCUCACACACCCAAUGAGAAGUUUGAGGGAGCAACGGUGUUAAAAACAUUGCAGUAUGGCUAUGAAGGUCGAAUCCCACUGAGAAGCGCGCGCAUGUUCUACGACAUCAGUGAGAAGGCCAGGCGCAUCAUUGAGUCCUACUUCAUGCUCAACUCCACACUACAUUUUUCCUACACUCACCUGGUGUGCAGGACCGCCAUCUCUGGUCAACAGGACCACAGGAAUGACCUCAGCCACCCCAUCCAUGCAGACAACUGCCUGCUCGACCCUGAGGCCAAUGAGUGCUGGAAAGAGCCACCCGCCUAUACCUACAGAGACUAUAGUGCGCUCUUGUACCUAAAUGGAGAUUUUGAAGGAGGGGAGUUCAUUUUCACAGAAAUGGAUGCAAAAACUGUCACAGCAUCAAUUAAGCCCAAGUGUGGUCGGAUGGUGGGCUUCUCAUCUGGAGGGGAGAACCCACACGGUGUCCGGGCGGUGACCAGUGGUCAAAGAUGUGCCGUGGCCCUGUGGUUCACUCUGGACCCUCUCUUCAGAGAGCUGGAGAGGCUGCAGGCAGAUGAAGUGAUGGAGUCAUUAAAUAAUCAGCAGCAGUGGGACUAUGGGCUCAACAUUAACCCCAAAGAUGAGCUGUAGAGGCGGAGGAGGA